AUGAAAUUUCACGCAUUGGCUUUUGUCGUGCUGGUGGUGAGCAUAGGAGCCGCCACCGCCGAGGAUGAUACGCCAGCUGACGUUAUGGCAAGGAAUAUCCUCGAGUGGAUACAGGGAAUUUAUCGACAGGGAGCUAGAAAGCCGCGGCAGCAAUCGGACAGCAACGCGUACCUGCCACCGUACAGUACGCAGCGUCCACCCGAGCGGCCCCGUCCGUUCCAGCCGGCGUCAACGCAGCAGCCACCCCCGUACUCGAACCCCAGCCAGAACGAGAUAGGCGGUUACCCGGACUACGGCGGCAGGCCCUCGUCGACGCCGGGCUUGACCACCGGCAGGCCAAGCUACGGCCCGAGCAACACCGGCAGCACCGGCUACAACUCGCCCUCCUCCGGCUCCUCGCCCGGCUCUAGCUCCUCGUCCUACGGGGGCUUCCCGAGCACUUCCACGACCUACCUACCGCCCACCCAACCGCCUUCCUCCAACGGACCCGGCUACCCUUACCCGUCCCCGGGUAGCAGACCCACCCCUGGUUUUCCCACUCCUGGAAGGCCCAGCCCUGGAUUCCCCACCCCUGGUAGGCCCACGCCAGGGCCCACGCCUGGACAAGCUCCUGGAUCCACGCCUGGACGACCUGGACCUGGCCCGGGCUCGGCCCCAGGACCUGCACCAGGACCCGCACCAGGACCCGCUCCAGGGCCAGCUCCCGGACCAGCUCCUGGACCUUCUCCUGGACCUCCUCCUGGACCGACCGAUGACGACGAUCUGAAGCAUCCCCCUCACAUUCACAGUCUAGAUGUGAUUUGCAGUAAGACCAUGAUGACCAUAAACAUCGAAUUCAACAGAGCCUUCGAUGGCAUUAUUUACUCUAAGGGCUUCUACAAUAUGCCCCAAUGUAGAUACGUUGAACAGAAUUCAGGCCAGCCAAAGUAUUCCUUCACCGUGAACCUCGACUCGUGCGGAACUCAAUUCAUCAAUGACUUCGAAGGCGAAGCCGGCCAAGCGUAUUUGGAGAACGUUUUGGUUCUCCAGAACGAGCCGGGCAUCCAAGAGGUGUGGGACACGGUGCGCACCGUUCGCUGCCUGUGGGAGGGCAACAUCAACAAGGCACUCACCGUAAGCCUGUCCGUGGACAUGCUCAACCAGGAGAUCGUGACCUUCAGCGGCGAUACGGCGACCGCCAAGCUGGACAUCCAGGUGGGCAAGGGUCCGUUCGCCCCCGCCGCCAAUGGCCUCGUCAAGAUCGGCGACCCCAUGACUCUCGUCGUCUCGGUCGAGGGCGACCCUGGCUUCGAUCUACAGGUUCGUGAUUGCAUCGCGCGGGACGAUUCUGGCUCGAACAUGUACCAGUUGACGGACGAGCGCGGCUGCAUCCUGAAGCCAAAGCUGUUCGGUGCCUUCCAAAAGACCAACGACACCGGCAGCACCGGUGCCUCCAUCAUCGCCUACGCCUUUUUCCAGGCCUUCAAGUUCCCUGACGUCAUGGACUUGUUCAUCGAGUGCAACGUCGAGCUCUGCAAGACCAACUGCGAGCCCUGCCCCGAGGCCAACCAACAAACCGAGCCAGGACGACGCAGACGCUCCAUCAGCUACUCGUACCCCGGCAACUGGACGCGCGACCACGCGUCUGGCGAGGCGGUGCGCGUGGCUCGGGGCUUCCGAGUAGUCAUGCCCGACGACCUGCCCCACGUGGCGGCUCUUCUCGACGAGGAGGCAUCCCCGAGUGGCUACACCGACACGGAAGGGGAGCAGCAAAUCAUACGGGCCGAGGCCGCGGCGUUGGGCGUCUGUCUGAGCUACACGGGCUUCUACGCGACCUUCGUCACGAUCCUGGUGGCCUUGGCCUUCAGCAGCAUGAGCGCGGCCCUGCUCUACACCAAACUCCAGCGGAUUCGGUACGAGAGGAAACUCGACAUGCCCGCGUACUCGUGA